AUGGACGCCGCCAUAUCUCGACUCAAGGGCGUCUUCGCGACGCUGUCCGGGGGCGCCUCCUCCUCGUACCAGCCAUUGACGCAGGACGAGGCACCCGAGCGAGCCCGAGGCGACGGCACGAGACCAUCACACGAAAGCAGCGACACGAUGGAGUCGGAAACGCACCGCGAUGCCGCGGCCAUGAUGCUCAUCAAGCUGGGGCGCUCCCCGGACGAGCACAUCACCGUCUCGCCCGCCGACGACGCCCGCAUCCUCCGCCGGAUUGACAUGGCGCUGCUCCCGCUCAUGCUGGCCGUCUACUUUCUUCAGGCGCUCGACAAGGCGACGCUGUCGUACGCGUCCAUCUUUGGCCUCAUCGACGACACGCACCUCGUGGGCGACCAGUUCUCUUGGCUCGGCAGCAUCGUCUCCGUCGCGCAGCUCGUCAUGCAGCUGCCCAUCUCGCUCGCCCUCGUCAAGCUGCCGAUCGGCAAGUUUACGAGCGCCAUGGUCCUGCUCUGGGGCCUCACGCUGACGGGCAUGACGUGGGCGCACAACUUUCCGCAGCUCAUGGCCGCGCGCUUCUUCCUCGGGGCGUUUGAGGCGAGCGUUGGGCCGAGCUUCGUCGCCAUCACGCAGAUGUGGUGGCGCAGGAGGGAGCAGACAAUGAGAAUCGGCUCGUGGUACUGCAUGAAUGGGCUUACCUGGGUGUUUGGCAGCCUCUUGACGUACGGGCUCGCGAGCAUCGACUCUCACAUGAGGCCGUACCAGAUCAUAUUCCUCUUCUUUGGCGUCAUCACCGUCGCCGUGGCGGGGGCCAUGUUCUUUUGGAUGCCCGACUCGCCCACGGAGGCCAAGUUCCUCAGCGACGACGACAAGGUGCUCGCGAUCGAGCGCCUCCGCAACAACCAGAUGGGCGUCAUGUCGCGGGAGUGGCGCCGCACGCACUUUUCCGAGGCGCUGCGCGACGUCAAGACGUGGCUGUGGUUCGUCAUGAUCUUUUGCAUAUCGGUGCCGUCCAACGGCAUCUCGACGUUUGGCCCGCUCAUCAUCCAGUCGUUUGUGUCGGACCCGUUCCGCACCAUGCUGUUCAACGUCCCCGUGGGCAUAUCGCACGUCAUUGCCGUGUCGACGAGCGCCUACGUGUCGAUGAAGUGGAAGCUCAAGGGGCCCGUCAUUGCGUUGCUCUGCGUGCCGCCCAUGAUUGGGCUGUCGAUUCUGCUGCACUACCCCCACGACGCGGCGCACCGAGGCGUCUUGCUGGCCGGGUACUUUUGCCUUUCCACGUUUACGGGAAUCACGCCCUUGAUAUACUCGUGGUCUGCCCAAAACACGGCCGGCGAUACAAAGCGCAAGACCACCUCGGCGCUCGUCUUUAUCGGCUCGUCGGCGGGCAAUGUCAUCGGCCCGCUCCUCUUUACCCCCGACGAGGCGCCCGGGUACUCGAGGGGUAUCCGCGCCAACCUCGCCCUCUUUGCCACCGUCAUUGUGCUGGUCGGCCUCACGUCGUUUCACCUGCGGUGGCUGAAUCGCGGACACAGCCGGCGGAGGGUCGCACUAGGCAAGAGCGCAGUCAUUGCGGACCUGAGCCUCGAGACGGCCGAGGAGGUGGAGCGGAUGGAGGGCCUGGAGCGCGCCAUGCGUCAGGGCGACGGGCGUCCGUCAAACGCUUUGGGGGGCGGGCUGGCCGAGAUGGGCGAAAACGGGCACGUCAGGCAAAAAAGCGGCAGGGGGACCAAGGCGUUUGCGGACGCGACCGACUUGGAGAAUGAAGACUUUGUCUUUGUGUAUUAG